CACACCCACCGGGAAUAGCCUCAGCGCCGCCGAACUCACCUGUGGGAUGAUCUUGUCUUUGGCCAGGUGAAUCCCGCAGGCAGGUGCAUCCAUCGAGGAGGGCUACAUGGGCAUGGAGCUGAAGGGGAAGACUCUGGGCGUGCUGGGGCUGGGCCGCAUUGGCAGGGAGGGGGGCCGCCCCGUGCACGCAUUUGGCACGCUGCAGGAGCAAGCACCCGAUCUGCCUCAGACCAUAGGCUAUGACCCCAUCAUCACCCCUGAAACCUCGGCCACCUUCGGUGUGGAACAACUGCCACUGGAGCAGAUCUGGCCCCACUGUGACUUCAUCACGGUGCACACGCCGCUACUGCCCUCCACCACAGGGCUCCUGAACGACAGCACGUUCGCCAAGUGCCGCCGUGGUGUGCAGGUGGUGAACUGUGCCCGUGGUGGAAUCGUGGAUGAGGGUGCACUGCUGCGGGCGCUGCGGUCGGGGCAGUGUGGUGGGGCUGCCCUCGAUGUCUUCACGCAGGAGCCCCCGAAGGAUCGUGACCUGGUGAACCAUCCCAAUGUCAUCUGCUGCCCACACCUGGGGGCCAGCACGCGGGAGGCACAGAGCCGCUGCGGCAAGGAGAUCGCGAUGCAGAUUGUGGACAUGGCCACAGGAAAGGGUCUGGCUGGCAUAGUCAAUGGCGAGGCUUUCAGCAAGGCUUUUGCGCCCCAGACCAAGCCUUGGAUUGCUCUGGCCAAGGCCCUGGGCACAGUGCUAUGCACAGCGGGCAAGGAAGCACAGGACAGCAUCCAGGUCUGCACCCUAGGAACAUCCCUGCGGGAGGCUGGAAGCUACCUGAUGCCUGCUGUGGCUGUGGGCAUGCUGGCUGGAGGGGUGCAGAAGGAGGUGACCCUGGUGAAUGCCCUGCUGCUGGCCCAGGAGGCUGGGCUGAAGGUGCGUGCCACACACGGCGACGUGGCCCCCGAGCCUGACAGCAGUGCUGGCUUGCUUCAGGUGUCCCUGCAGGGCACCCCACACCGGGUAGCAGGGACAGUGCAGGGCAGCACCCCGGUGCUGCGGGAGCUCAAUGGGGCCACCUUCAAGCAGCCAGCCCCACUGGCUGGCCCCAUCCUCAUCUACAGAGCCAAAGCCUCUGAACCUAGUACUCUGUCCACGCUUGCUGGGCUGCUGGGGAAGGUGGGGGUCCAACUCCAGUCCUACCACAGCUCCAGCAUGGUGGCAGGGGAGCAGUGGAAUGUUGUGGGGCUCUCAACUCCGCUGUCUGACCUCGGUGAGCUGAAGCCACAUGUCAUGGAGGUGUUCCAGCUCCACCUGUAA